AUUUAAAAGUGACAACUUUUCUGUCACAGCAGGAAAAAAAGCACUUCUUCCAAAAAUUCGCAUAUCUGACCAUUUUUUGUUUUGCAUGGUUUGAUUAAAAAAAUGUAAAUAUUUAGCAGGUUAUAAUCGAGCAUGUUGUGACGUGAGUUGCAGCUGUGUUGCUGUGUUGCUGUAGAGGUUUUCACGGGACAGUGACCGCCCCUGAGAUGUGCGUCAACCGGAGCUGGACUUCUUGGAGCAGUUCCUCUGAAGUGUGUGGCUCGCAGCAAAAGUUUUUUUUUUUUUUUUUUUUGCACUCAUCUCUUGUAGCGUCUCCAGACAGAAAAAAAAAAUCCGUGCUUAGCUUUGGGACAGAUGCAAAACAUCUGCAGGGGUUAAACAGCUGGGAUGUAAGACAUCGGUGUACUGGAGAGCGCGCACCGGUUAGAGCCGCGCCCGUGUGUGAGUGAGUGAGUGAGUGUGAACUUAUUUAAUUAUUUAUUUAUUUCUCCGAAUUGCAUGCGCGGUAACGUGCCGGGGAAGCAUGCUGGCGCGAAAGAGCAUCAUACCCGAGGAGUUCGCGCUGCCCGCGCUGGCCUCGCGCGCGCCCCGGAAGCCGGUGUUCAGGGACCGCGUGAACAAGGCGCGCUUCAUUGCCAAGAGCGGCGCGUGCAACCUGGCGCACAAGAACAUCCGCGAGCAGGGCCGCUUCCUGCAGGACGUCUUCACCACGCUGGUGGACCUGAAGUGGCGCUUCACGCUCGUCAUCUUCACCAUGACCUUCCUGUGCAGCUGGCUGCUCUUCGCCAUGAUCUGGUGGCUCGUUGCGUUCGCGCACGGAGAUCUGGAUCUCACGCGUCAGCCUGGCGUCGAGCAGUGCGUCACCAACGUCAAAUCCUUCACUUCAGCUUUCCUGUUCUCCAUCGAGGUGCAGGUUACUAUAGGCUUCGGUGGCCGGAUGAUCACUGAGCAGUGUACGACAGCCAUCACGUUGCUGAUCGUGCAGAACAUUGCCGGGCUCAUCAUCAACGCCGUCAUGCUGGGAUGCAUCUUCAUGAAGACGGCGCAGUCGCACAGGCGUGCCGAGACACUCAUUUUCAGCCGGCAGGCUUGCAUCGCUCUGCGAAACAGCCGCCUGUGCUUCAUGAUCCGCGUGGGUGACUUGCGCAAGAGCAUGAUCAUCAACGCAGCUGUGCGUCUCCAGGUGGUGCGCAAGACCACCACGCCUGAGGGUGAGGUCAUCCCUAUACACCAGAUCGACAUCCAGAGCGAGAGCGCCGUCUCCAGUAACAGUAUUUUCCUUCUGGCACCACUUAUCAUCUGCCAUGUCAUUGAUAAAAACAGUCCACUUUAUGAUCUGUCAGCCAUGGAGCUGCAGUGCAGUGACCUGGAAGUGAUCGUCAUCCUCGAGGGUGUCGUGGAGACCACGGGCAUUACCACACAGGCACGCACUUCUUAUGUGACUGAAGAGAUCCAGUGGGGUCACCGUUUUGUGCCUAUUGUGACUGAAGAGGAAGGGGUUUACUCAGUGGACUACUCUAAGUUCGGCAACACCGUGAAGGUCGCGACCCCACUCUGCAGCGCCCGCGAGCUCGACGAGAAGCCAUCCAUCCUCAUCCAGACGAUGCAGAAGAGUGAGCUGUCGCAACAGAACUCUCUACGUAAGAGAAACUCUAUGCGCCGUAACAACUCCAUGCGCAAGAACAACUCAUUUCAGCGCAACAACCUGUCGUUACCCGUACCCAAAGUGCAGUUCUUCACACCUGAAGGGGGUCAGAAUGUAGCCGUCACAUGACACGAACAAGGCCGUUGUCAGGAUUACGUAAGGUUCAGGGAGGCUCUAUUCAUGUCUUGCUCCACUGAACCGCUUCCUGUUGUUCUGUCUAACACUUAUGUUAUAAAGGAGCAGCAACUUCUGAUUUGCUUUCUCCCUUUCCUAUUUUACACAAAUCAAUUUAAAAAAUACUUUUUAAAAAACAAAAUAAUGUUUGAGACAGAGAAAGAGGAAUUCCUUGUCUCUCAUAUUAUAUGGCUAUUUCUUAUCUGUAGAGCACAGUUUCACUCUCCUGUAUUAUACUGUCUCAAUGAAACCUGUAAUAUUGUCACCAGACUUGUACACAAUUUAAUUGUGCAAUGUAAUAUGUAUAAAUAACUGUAUAAAUAUGUUAAGAUGCUCAAUAAAUAAGUUUGUCCUGCU